AUGCCACCGGCCAGCGAGUACACGUACGCGUCGGAACAGCUCUCGACGCAGGCCGCGCCCGCCAAGAAGCUGCUGAGCCAGGAGACCAUGGACAUGCAGACGGCCAUCAGCGAGCUGACCAAGGCCAAGGAGCACGAAGACCUGGGCAAGAUUCAAGACAACGACAUCGCCAACGUCGGAGCUAGCAACACCGGCGCCUGCUGCUCAAUCUGCCCCACGUGGCCCGGGUGGAACGCCUUCACCAGGGCCAACUACAACGGGGGCACCGGCUGCCGCUCCUUCUCGCGGAGCAACCUCAACGGCGGCACGUGCUGGCUCAAGAGCGCCAAGGGACAAACCGACUUAGCAGCGGUGGUAGCAGGUUGA